GAGUUUGGAAAGAGAGUGACAGGGAGAGAAGUUUGUGAUGGGCAAUUACAGGUUCAGGUUAUCAGACAUGUUACCAAAUACCUGGUUUUACAAGCUCAAGGACUUGAGUAGAACCAGAAACAAAAACAUCACCCAGCCCACAAAGAAAAAGCAUCAACCCACAUCAUCAUCCUCAUCAUCAGCUGCAGCACCAGGAACAGAGCAACCCCACCUCUCUCAACAAAGGAAAUCCUACUACUUUACAAGAGAGCUCACUCCGCCGCCAAGCCCCAAGGCCAAGGCCUCAGACACCCAUUUUCCAGACCCACCAAGAAAAUCAUCCAAGAACAGACGUAGCACCAAGAGAAACCGACCAUUCAACAGGUCAUCUCCUAGGCUCGUCACCUCCUCCGUCUCAGCUGGUUGCAGCUGUCGUGCCACCCUCGAGUCUAUUUGGAAUAAGCCGGAUUCACCACCCGAUCAGUACUCGAAUUCUCCUCUUGAUAGUUCCUCUGAACAUGAAUCACUCCUACCUGAGUUUGGCUCCAGCCGUGGUCUAACCCCUGAAACAUUCGAUGGUCUGAUUUCAUGGUCUGCAUCUUGUCACUGCGGACUUGAUAACGAUAUCAUCAUUGAUAUUGAGAAGACGCCAUUUAGGGCACAGUUAGAUGAGGUUGAUGGGUUUGAUAAUGUUUCUGAACUUAACCUUCCUCCAAUCAUAACCAAGCCGGCAAACUUCACCGACAUGAUAAAGGAAAUGCAGAAGAAAGAGAUGAAUGAACCAACCAAGUAUAGGAGGAGCUCAUCUAAAUUUGAGGAAAGAAACGCACAUGGGUGUUUAUCUGUCAAGUUUAUCAAGGAGGACAUUAUUAGUUCUUGUUCCAAAGAACAGAGGAAUAGUGGUGUUAGAAGAUAUUCUGUGAAUUCACCAGGAGUGAAGCUCAGGACCUAUUAUCCGCGAAUUGCAAGCAGAAGAAGCAUUCAAGGCCGAAAAAGUGUAUCUUCGAGCUCAAGUUCAGGGAGGAGUUUAUCAGAUAGUUUAGCUAUCAUGAAGUCGUCUCAGGAUCCGCAGAGAGAUUUCAGAGAGUCAAUGGUGGAGAUGAUUAUGGAAAACAAAAUCAGAGCGUCAAAGGAUUUAGAAGACCUUCUGGCAUGCUACCUUUCGUUAAAUUCCGAUGAAUAUCAUGAACUUAUCAUCGGGGUCUUCAAGCAAAUCUGGUUUGAUAUUAGUGACAUUCGGUUGGAGUAAUUUCAUGACUGUAAAUGGCUUUUUCUAGUAUAUUAUUUAGUGCUCUAGUGUCUUAUAGUUGAGUAAGGUAAGAAUAUUAAGAUUUAGCCAAUUUGUAAGACCAAAUUUCAGAUUUUCUAUGCAAUUAUUCUGAAGAUACAAUGACUUGAUAUAGCAAAAACGACGUCAGGUUG